AUAAAAAAAGUAUAAACAAAAGAAAAAUAGUGAAAUAAAUUAUACUAUUUAUUAAUAAACAUAUUAGGUUAUUGUCAGAAAAAUGAGGUAUUAUCUAAUAACUCCUAUUAUAAUGAGUAUGGGUUUCUUCAUACUAUUAAAUAGCAUAGAUAAAAAGAAUGAUUCAUAAAAUGUAGUUAAACUAUUUAGCGAAAGAUAGAUGGAAAAGUAAUAAUAAUUGUAAUAGAAUUCAGAGUUAGAAGAAAGUUACAGUAAAAAUAGAAUGCUUGAUAACAUUAAUUAGCCAAAUACAUACAAAGAUGUUUUCUAAGGUGAUUGGAACAAUUUAAUAAACUUCACUGGAGAGUAAUUUGAUUAUUUUGGUGAUGAUCAUGGAAUAAUUCUUCUUGGGAUGUCUUACUAAUCAAGUAUAAAUGAGUAUGAUGAAGUAGAUUUCUUGCUGCUUGAUCCUCAAUAUGACGAUGAAAAAAAAGUUUAUAUUUAAAUUACUGAUAUUAAUAAAUGCCUAAUAUCAUAAACAAGCUGGUCAUGUCCUAACUAGCCUAUGUCUGUAAAAACUUAUUAUAAGAAUAUAAAAAAAUCGUCAUCCACACUUUAUGUAGAUUUCACUAUGAGUAUAAUAGCAUUAAAUGCAACCGAACCCUUAUCUUAAAGCAACUCAUAAUUUAAUAUUUAAAUGAUUAAUACCCAACAGUCAAGUGCUUAAGUGGGAUUAUAUGCUACUCUAAAAGUUCAAGAUGGUGAUUAUACCAUACAAUUCUUAUUAUAUAAUCUAUUUAUAUCUGCUUUUGGUUUGUAAUAGCUCUACUCUGUUAUGGCCCUUACAAAUUAUAUUUAGUUAACAAACGAAAUUAUUUCUACUAAACUAUCCAUGCUAACUCUAGGUUUCAUUACGAUAUACGAUUCUUACGUUUCGCUUGCCCACUUGUAUAUGGCUUUACAAUACACAAGCUACUUCUAUUAUUUUAUAUUACCAACACUGAUAUAUUUCGUAAUGACUACUAUUGUUGAUAUGAAGCUCCUGAUAUUAGUCUGGAAGAAUCGCUGUUACGUCAAUUUCACCACUCCUUCUGAAAUAAGAAAAGGAUUUGCUCUUUUUUAUGCUAAAUUUUAUAUUUCAUUGAUCAUCUUCUUUACUUUAACUUACUUCUUCUACCUAUUUAAUGAAUAUCUCUUGCUAUGGCCUUUAUUUAUAGUUCCUCAAAUAGUACACAACUUUAUGAAAGGAAAUACUCCUCUCUUUUCAAAAAAUUACAUGUUUGGCAUGAUACUCUCACGCGCUAUUAUUCCAUUUUAUUUCAGAGCAUGCAAAUAUAACAUAAGAAACUUAGCUCCUUGUCUUUAUUUCAGUAUAACAUGGCCUCUCUUAUUUGUCUUCUUUAUCUUAGUCUUAUUUUUAUAAUACAAAAUCGGACCUCGUUUCUUCGUUCCAAGGAGAUUUAAAGGAGGUUUUGACUACUAUAAAAGCUACUACUCUAAUGAGCCUGUUAUGGAUGAAGACUGCCCUAUUUGUAUGUCUAAAUUGAAAGAUGAUGUUGAUGAAGAACCAGUUAACAGCUCUAAUGAUCAAUAUGUUUCCUAAUUACGCGGAGCAGGAUCAUCCGAAAGUGAUGGAUCAGAAACAAACAAUGCAAUAAAUAAUGAGAAAUUAGUAAAAAAAAUAAAGAUAGUUCAAACACCAUGCAACCAUAAAUAUCAUAUCAGUUGCUUUAAAUCAUGGAUCAAUAUAAAACUUGAAUGCCCUUCAUGCAGAAAUCCUUUGAAACCACUAAUUGAUUGAUUGAUUGAUAAAUUUUGUUGGAUUAAAAGCCAAUUGUUUAACAAAUAAAUAAAUUAAUUUCUUAACAAAAUUAAAAUCAACAAAAAACUUAAUUCAUGAAAAAUUAAGCUUAAUUAAAAUGAAAGAGUUUUGAGUAAAAUAAAAACUUAAAUUUGAAAUGUCACAAAAGAUUAGUUAUAUGAAUACAGUUUAACAAUUUGCAGUUUAUAUAGAAUACUUUGUAUCAAUUAAUAAAAUCAGUAUUAAAUUCAACCUUUUUAAACCCUUCAUUUGUAGCUUUCAAUUUUAUGU